AUGAAGUACUUUACCAUCCUACUCUUCCUCAAUGCUGCUGUUCCCGCUGUUGCCUGGCCAAUAGUAGACAACACAUGUUGGGUGAGCGCGUACCGAUGCGCCAGCAACCCACGCAGAUCCUGGUUCGACGAUCCCCGAACGCUAGAUUGCUGUAACCACAUAGGACACAGUAUCCACUAUUAUCAAAUUCGACAAGCGACAUCUGGGACGGUUUGCCGGGGACAUCCGAAACUACCGCGCACAAAAGACAUCAAGAGAUUACAUCGACGUAGCAAAUCCGCAAUCCAAGAGAAUCCUCAGCCUGAGAUUAUACAUGGAGCGGAAGAGACGCUUGGCAUUUUGUUCUUACCGACGUCAAGUUCUAUACUGCAGAUUCGAGCGGUACGAUAG